AUGUGCAACAUUUCCAACUCAAAGGCUUGUAGUCUGUCACUUGAAAGUGGAUCAUUGCCAUGUCCUGUAAGUCAAAAACGAUAUUAUUAUAAUACUGUCAUAGGUAGUUGUGAAUCAUUCCGAUAUGUUGGUUGUAAUGAUGAAGUUCCUAAAAAUUUCGACGACGAACCGUCAUGUAGAAGUUCAUGCCUUAGAGGAUCAGUUGCUGACUCUCGAUGUACUGACCCUGCAUUUACAGGAUCAUGCCGACAAGGUUCAAGCAGUACGAGAUGGUAUUAUGAUGAUGGUGAAUAUUUUUAUACGAGAUAA